AUUCCAUUAGAGAUUUGCAAGAACAUGUUCUUGCAACAUGAUGGUGCGCCUACUUAUUAUGCCGCUAAUGUCAGGUCGUACUUAGACGAAGCCUUCCAAGACAGGUGGAUUGACCGGUUGCGUGACCCCCCAAGAUCCCCGAAUUUGAAUCCGCUAGACUUCUUUUUCUGGGGAUUCUUGAAGAAUGAGGUGUACUGUGAUGACGUGACCACGCCGGAGGAGGUGGUAGCCUGCAUCCACGGCGCGGUUGCCAAAAUCACACCUGACUUAUUGCGGCGGGUACAGGACAAUAUUGUAAAGAGAUUGCGGACGUGUGUUUCUACUAGGGGUGGCCAUAUUGACCCACUCCUGGUGUAACUUCCGGCAGUAAUCGGUCCCUUUCGGGGCCACUCAUUGGAUCAUACGAAGUUGUAACGAGAGUAAAGCUGCAUGUUUAUCGCUAAGCUUGAGUUCAAUUUAACAAAAGAAUGUAGUAUUAGUAUCUUUGAAAUCUGUAUUCAAAUAUAAUAUCCCAAUGCAGGGGGAUCACAAUAGUUUAACAGAUCACAAGAAACGGAGUUGUACAAGGAAUGGCAGUAUAUUGCACUUGAGGGACAUUUAGUAUCACAAAAUAGAUACUCUUGAACAGAGUUUCACAUCUGAUUCGAGUUCCAUGAAAAGACUCAGUCCCAUCGAGUAAAGAGACUGCCUUUUUCGAUAAAUCAAAUUAUUUUUGUAUUUCUAGACUUUUAUAUUUCAAUAUCCAUUAUUCUCAUUUUCAUACUUCAAGAGACUUUUAGUUUCUUUAAAUGUUGCAUCUUGUAUCAUAUUGAAAGCGCACAUUCAAAAGCAUAGCCAGUAUUGAUUUAUGCACUCCCCUCCAUCGUUGUACCUCCAAGCACCUGCAACCCACAGUUCGCCAGUGAUUUUUGUUGGAAGCAGACUGCAUACUUGUGCUCCGCGAAAAUAAUAUUAAACAUCAAUAUUGUCAAUGUGAAAUUUUUUGUUAACUUUGCAAAAUUCUUUAUGGAAACAUACAUAUACCUUAUGGUGAUGAUCUCGUUUCAAAUCUUCAGUAGUUUGUCUAGAACAGAAAAUUUAGCAUUGCCGAACAGACAUUAAGUCGAUACAUAUUUAUGGGUGAUGAAGUUGAAGGAAUUUGCUCUUCCCACCACACAGAGCUUGUAAUUUUAUCAUCACAUUAGUCUUAUUAUGAUAAACACAUGUUGUUAAAAUUAUAUAUUUUGUAAAUAAUAUUUUUGACAGUGUUAAUAAUAGUAAAGAUACUUAAUGAACAUUUUCACUUUUUAUAAGACAAAAUUUAUUACAAGAAAGUCUAGGAACAAAAAGGUUCCAUAAAUAUUGCAAAAUUAGAUUGGUCUUCAACAAUUAUAAAUUCGUGAAGACAUAUUUGUAUGACGCAUUACAAAACUUUUUCGGUCAAAUCAGACAGCAUGGUGAGAGAAAUACUAAUCCAACUUGCAGUGUCUUUCAUGAAUAUUAUCUGGCACUAUUCUUAAAUCCAUAUUCGAAAUUGAUACAUGUGCAGAUAAUAAUUACAAAUGUGAAGAAUUCAGCAGCUUUCUAUUUUAUUUGAAAAAGUGUCAACUUUUCCAAAUUUAUUGAUGAAUGAAAAUAUUUCCAUUUCUCUAAAUUAUAAUGUCCCAACAGUCUCUGAAUGCAGAAAUUGGUUCAGUAUUCAGUCUUGUAAACAAUAUUAGUUGUAAAUUUUGUUUGAUUACAAUAUAUGAAAUUGAUGCACUCAUA